UCCGGCCUCAGUACUCGGAAACCGAGUUCAGACGGCAAUUGGAACGCACUGAAAAUGACGACGGCCAUGUUGUUGUAGCAGCCGUUCCAAGGGAAGAGAAAGGACCGGAGGCCGAGAAAGCUAAGGAAAGCAAGAAAGAUUCAUAGAAGAUUAUCAUUGGAUAUUAGCAUAAGGGAUCUGUUUUAAUUAUAUUUCUAGUGCGUUUGCUGCAGACGAAGGCAUCAUGAGUGGGGGUACUCCUUACAUCGGCAGCAAGAUCAGCCUCAUCUCGAAGGCCGAGAUUCGCUACGAAGGAAUAUUAUACACUAUUGAUACCGAAAACUCGACUGUCGCACUCGCCAAAGUGCGUUCCUUUGGUACAGAGGAUCGGCCCACUGACAGACCAAUCGCACCACGCGAUGAGGUCUUUGAGUACAUCAUCUUCCGGGGGAGUGAUAUCAAAGACCUCACUGUUUGUGAGCCCCCUAAACCCACAUGCUCUCUUCCUCAGGAUCCCGCAAUCGUCCAGUCUUCAGUUGGAACCAGCACAGCCGCAGCAUCCUUCCAAUCUGUUGGUUCCUACAGCCCAUUUAACCGACCCCCAGUCCCCCCAUACAACCAGUUUAAUCCCAGCCCCAUCGUGGCCCAGCAGUUUGGAGCUGUCGGUAUAGGUCGCUCCAGCCCCCAGCUCACCACUCUGAGAAAGAGCCCGACCCUGGAGCAGGCUGUCCAGGCGGGUGCCCCUGCAGCCCCCGCUUUGCCCGUUGGACGCAGGAGCCCAGCACCUGCUCGGCCAGUGGUUAUAGGCAACCAGAAGCCCCCGGAUAACCAGGAGCAGAAGAGGGGUGAGCCUUCCGGCUGGCCCUGGUCAGCACUGCACACUGCUGCCACAGAGACCACUGUAGAUAGAGUCCCUGCUGCUAGUCAUUCCCAGUCUUUCACAGACCUGCCAGGCCCAGACAGUCAGAAGGUAUCCAGACAGGACUCGGAGCAAGGCCGUGGUGACAACAGGGAGGCUGCCAUGAGGCACACUGCUGGGCCUCCUGUUGCCCGCCGGGGACGAGGUGGGGGCCACCGCGGGAGAGGGCGCUUUUCAGUGCGUCGGGACGGGCCCAUGAAGUUUGAGAAGGACUUUGACUUUGAGAGUGCCAACGCUCAGUUCAACAAGGAAGAGAUUGACCGAGAGUUCCAGAGCAAACUGAAACUCAAAGAUGAGAAGCCAGAGAAGGCAGUGAAUGGAGAGGAUAAGGGUGACUCGGGGGUGGAGACACAGAACAGCGAAGGCAAUGCUGAAGAAGAGGACCCUCUGGGUCCUAACUGCUACUAUGACAAAUCCAAAUCCUUCUUCGACAACAUCUCCUGUGACGACUCCAGGAAAGCAUCUGAAAAAUCUGGAGUGUCAGGCUUUCAGAGGGAGCGGAGGCAGACCUGGGCGGAGGAGCGGAGGAUGAAUGCCGAGACCUUUGGCAUCCCGCUGAGGCAGAAUCGUGGCCGUGGGGGCUACAGAGGCCGGGGGGGCGGUGGGUUCCGGGGGGGCCGGGGCCGUGCCGCCAGCAGAGGGUCCUUUGGGCCUCCGCGCGGCGGUGCUGGAUUUCGCGGCAGCUUCAGAGGCGGCCGUGGCGGCAGGGAAUUCUCGGAUUUCGAGUACAGGAAGGACAAUAAAGUGGCUGCAUAGUGAUCCUGGGAGACAAACACAAAAUGAAAUGUAGCUCUUCAAUGGUCCGUUUUUCCUUUGACAAGAAGAAUGAAGAAAUGCAUUUGCUGCAUAUCUGUCACCAGCACUGGAGUAGACUGCUUAACUUCAGAGUGUAAAUGCAGUUUCUUUUACAUUUCUAAAAAUGCUAUCUUUGAAAAUGUUUUGCUUUAUUUGGAAUAAUGAUGGAUGAGAACUUGUGUAUAAAUACCAUACUUCAGUGGGACUUCAGUAUUUUUGCAUCAAUGAGCUUUUCUUACUAAAUCGUAUUUGAUAAUGUUCUGUUGCGUGUAAAAAUGUAUGCAGAGACCCGCCGAUGCUGUGAGAGUACUGAUCACUGAAAUAGCUUUUUUUUUUUUUUUGGAUAUAUCCUAUAAUGUAACCUUAGGAGCACCAAAUUCCUGUAUAUAGCCAUUGGGGUCACAGUUGCAGGUCUUUGUGUUUUCUUAUUCCACUGACAUGAUAGACUGUUGUUAAAUCUACCAGCCACUUCUAGAGUUUACUGCCCUUUCAUGUCUGACAUCUGGCUUCGGUAUCCCUGGGUAAAUUAUUUGGACGUGGUGUGCACAGUGAACAGUACACUUCCUGCUGCGAGACUAUCAUCGAGCUGCCGGUGGAGAUUUCUGCAUUGUCCCCCUUUACUUUGGCUUGCAAUAUGUUAAUAUUGGUAAACUGCUGAUUUUCCUCAAGAUCCAUCCACACAGGCUGGUGAGGCCAGAAAAAGCUCAGAAAUGCUUCCAUGUGAGAUCAUUUCAGUUCUGCCAAAACAGCGAUAUCAAAAUUGGCCAUCUUAAGGAUAGAGGCCUUUUUAAUAAGUGUUAUGAACAAAUGUUCUGUAUAUUGUGACUAUCACAGAUACUGUGUUGAAGUUGGUUCAUGCUUUUAACAGCAGACUUUUCUAAAUUGAAUGUAAACACUGAUUGGACGUGUUGCCCAGCUGUUACCCAGUGACUGAGUAGCAUUGAGUAGCUGUUCUAUGUUAAUGUUCAGACUGAACCCUUCAGGAAAGUGACUUUAACUUCCAUCCUGAGAUGACAUGAUUUGCUUUUCUGAGCUGACUGACAUCCUGUGCGGAUGAGUCUUGAGCUAUAGUUAAACCUCGCUUUCAACAUGUAAAGCUUUCCAUUGUAAUGUUUGAUAUUAGAGGUGUGUUUUUGGGUUUGAUUCCCCAUAUGACAGGUGUUUAGUGAGUACAGGUGAUCACUUUUUGCAUAGGUGUGCCCAGCAUCCACUAUAAGACUGGAUAGCUCUUUAUCGACGUCAUUUGGCUGCCUGCAUUAGAAGUUGAACAUUUUGGCAGAAGAAGCAUUGGUUGUCUUGUGAUCUUGUUCAGUCUUAUGUAUUUUCCAUAAUAUUGAGUUAAAUAUCUUCAGUUUAUUUUCAUUUUAGAAUUUAUAAAGAAUUCACUUGCCCAAUAUUACUACUUUUUUUGCAACCUGUUAAGUGCUGUAGACACGUAAACAGAGCUUCAAGGUCUGGUGUAUUAAAGGGAUCCAAAGAUGGUGAAAGCGAGGUAUUUUCAAAUAGUUUGUGGGGAAUCAAGGAGUGGUUCAUUAUUGUGGCCAAUGGCUUAUAUAAAAUACUGAAGUUGGAAUGAA